AUGCCUUCAAUUGCUGCAUCCUGGGCUCUGUUUGGCUUAUCGAUUGUGUUGUGCAUUGAUUUCGCGUACUCGUACGACGAAGCCACUGGGAGUAAGCUUUCUGAAAAUAGGUACAAGUUUGACAGGAUUACUGAAGUAAAUAAAGAAUGCGCCUUUGUGUUGAAAUCUGCUUCUCAACUGAAACCUGAUGACAGUAGACUUGUCGCCAUUAAAGAGGAACUUUCUUUCUUGAAUGGAGAUUGGUGGCAAGACUCGAGUGCGGAAAUUGCUCCAUUAAUGCCGUUUGAUGAUAGAGAAAGCACGGAGGACCUUCGAUCCCCUUCGCACCUUGUUUCAUUCUGGGUUACUGGUGUUAAUCGCCACUAUCAUUCCAAGAAUUCCGUUUCUGUUAGCGGGCUUUUGCAGCUAGGGAUAUCCCUCGAGGGCUUGCUUUCAGAAGAACCCUACGAAAAAAGCCCAAGAUUCGAUAUAUGGCCGGGUCACUCUCAGCUUUCGAUUAAUUUUCAAGGAAUCUAUACGGAGAAAAGCCACGGUGAGAGAGUAAUGUGUUUGUUGGGGAGUACGGUUUUGCCCACCCGUGGGCCCAAAAAGGAUAACCCGUGGCCUUGGGUUAAGGAGUUCGGUUACACUGAUCAGCCCCUUCUGACCGAAGACGAUCAGAUUAUGCUUGUGCUCCAUUUUCCGAAAACAAUGACCUUGACGAGCAGAGAAAUCAUGGGGAGCAUGAAAAGUUUGAACUCGAAAUCAAACUCAAAGUACUUCGUCGAAGUCCAUCUGUCGUCUUGGUUGAGCCCGUCUGUGAAUUAUCACUUCACUUCUGGACAUCUGGUUUCGAAAGCCUGCGAUCCGUAUCCAUUCAAAGAUGAUCUGAACAAUGGCGAAAUUGAUAUUUACAGAGGGCUCGACUUUUGCGUCAUACUUGAGAGGUUCACUCGUCAGGAAGCUCUUACAAUUCUUCCGAACUGGAAAUGCAAUGGCACAGAUUUGUUUUGCCGUAAGUUGGGACCUUUUGUAUCGAAUAAGGAGAUUAAUGCCACCGAUGGGAGCUUCAAAAAUGUCAAGCUCAUUCUUCAGGACAUUCGUUGUGAAAAUAUUACUCAAGACGGUAGUGAUGGCUCUCAAAACGGAAGUGUUGGCCCGAUGAGGGUCUUUUCGGUAUUUCGUGCAGUUCCUCCUUCACAGAACAUAUUCACAGCGGCCCAUAGGACGGGGCUCAGAGACAUGACUAUUUCUGCUGAGGGGAUUUGGAAACCAUCAAAUGGGCAGCUCUGCAUGAUUGGUUGCUCUAGAUUUGAUUGUGAUACACGCAUUUGCAUGUAUAUUCCUCUUUCUUUCUCGAUAAAACAGCGUAGCAUACUUUUUGGAACAUUUUCAAGUAUAAGUUCUGCCAAAAAUUUGUCUUUUUUCCCUCUAACAUUUGAAAAAAUCGUUCGUCCAGCUGAGCUGUGGGACCAGUACACUGCUUCCCGUCCGUAUUACAAAUACACUAAAAUCCGUGAUGCCGGAUUUGUUCUUGAGAAAGACGAGCCUUUUAACUUCGGGACCGUUGUUUGGAAAUCGGCCUUGAAAUUCCCUAAAAUAGAGGAAAUGGAAAAUUUUCCGUACAGUCUUUCUCUUCUAUCUGAGGAUCUCACCCUUCACGUUCCUGCCUUGCCCGAUCCAAUUCCGAGCACUUUUCUAUCAAAAAAUGACUUCGAACUGGAGAUCCUGUCGAUUGGGCCGUUGUUUGGGCCAUACUGGCCCGCAAAGAAUGUUUCAAACUUUCGGGCAGAAUCCCCAUACGCCACGGAGAAACAACUCCUGGUCAAUGUGUCCGGUCAGCUUAGUCUUGCCGGACAGCAUUAUAAAAGCAAUUUCUCGUCUUUAUUCUUGGAGGGAAUUUACGACCCGCAUGUUGGAAAGAUGUACCUUGUAGGCUGCCGUGACAUUCGGGCCGGCUGGAGGACGCUAUACGAGAGCAUGGAUCUUGAAGCCGGACUCGACUGCUUAGUCCAGGUGGUGAUCUCGUAUCCGCCAGUCACAGCUCGGUGGUUAGUGGACCCCACAGCUCGAAUCUCAAUUGGUAGCCAGAGGAAUGAGGAUGACCCACUUUAUUUUGACCCGAUUAAUCUCCAGACAGUCCCCAUUUUGUACAGAAAGCAAAGGGAAGACAUUCUCUCACGCAGAGGUGUUGAGGGGGUACUUCGUAUUUCGACACUCUCUGUUGCAAUUGCUUGCAUCUUAAGCCAGCUGAUUUAUGUGCGAGAAAAAGCGGAGUCUGUCCCUUAUGUAUCGUUUGUGAUGCUUGGAGUACAAGCGGUCGGGUACGGCCUCCCGCUUGUCACAGGUGCGGGAGCUCUUCUGCGAAAGAGAUUGGCUGACUUUAGCGAAAAUGAGUCACAUGAGUUAAAGAACAGUCAAUGGAUUCACAUGAUUGAUUAUGCCGUGAAGGUUUUGGUUCUGAUUGGGUUUGCUUUAACCCUGACGCUUAGCCAGAAAGUGUGGAAAGCCCGCAUCAAGCUACUAAUGCAGUCUCCACUCGAGCCUCAUCGAGUCCCGAGUGAAAAAAAAGUACUUUUAAGCACAUUGAUUAUACUCGUUCUUGGAUACGUACUUGUUCUUGUCGUGCAUUAUGUAAAUACGAGCUAUAAACCUCUACAAACGGUGUAUUUUGUCGACUGGAGUGGUUAUUCUCGUGCUAUACGUGAAUGGGAGACCGUGUUGGGGGAGUAUUUUGGGCUCGUCCAGGAUUUCUUUCUACUUCCUCAGGUGAUUGCGAAUUUUAUGUGGAGAAUACAGGAUAAGCCUCUUGGAAUGGUGUAUUUUUCUGGGCUGACCUCAGUUCGGCUUUUUCCUCAUUUGUAUGAUUAUAUAAGUGCGCCUGUACAGAAUCCUUAUUUAUCCGAAGAGUACGAGUUCGUGAACCCUCAAUUGGAUUUUUACUCGAAAAUUGGGGAUGUUGCUAUACUGUUGACUGCUGUUUUGCUGGCGAUUGCCGUUUAUGUUCAGCAGAGGUGGGGCUAUGAGAGACUCGGGCAGAUGCUUGUUCUGGUCCGAGGAAAGUUUUUGCCUAUGGGAUCGAAAGUGUAUGAGAGAUUGCCAUCUGUUGUGCCGUUUGAAACUGAGCUGUCCUGUGGUGUUGGCAGCACAAAAUCAGCGAUCGAGAAAGAUCCUGACAUGGAAUAG